CGCAAGUAUUUGUUUGACUGGGUUGCUUCGAAGUGCGCAAUCACAUAAAAUACAUUUAUUUCGCAAACAACAUUUAGAAAUUGCGAAUAAAAAAAGUUGAAUUGAUUAUUUUGUAGAUAAUAAUCUAACAGUCAUGUUGCCUCAACUAACGGCAGGUGCUCUUGAUACGAUAAUGAAUGGCACAGAGAUUGAAAACCCGGUUUUUCAGAUCUUGGGUCACAAGAGACUCGCCAGCUCAUCCAGCGGGGAACGAUUCAGGCUGCUGGUGUCGGAUGGAGUCAAGUCCAAUUCCUUUACUAUGCUGGCAACUCAGCUCAACCACCUUGUCACUGAUAAUAUCUUGUCGGAACACUCUAUUGUUCGGAUCAACCGCUAUGCCAUAAGUAUGGUCAACAAUGGUGGCACUCAGAGACGUGUUAUGGUGAUUCUGAAUAUUGAGGUAUUAGUUCCUGGCAAUGAAGUUGGAGUUGUUUUGGGAGAUAUCAACUCAGAAAAUGCCAAAUCGGAAGAAGUUGCUGAUCCUGUGGUGAACAAAACUAAAACCGCACCACAGAAAUCUGUUGCUCCUGCACCAGUACCAAAGCCAACUCCAAAGAAUAAUUUGAAUGAUUCAAUAUCUAGUGGCAUUAACACAACUCCCAUUGUUGCUCUAAGUCCUUAUCAAAACAGGUGGGUCAUAAAGGCUCGCGUUGCAAAUAAAUCACCUAUCAGAACAUGGUCAAACUCUCGUGGGGAAGGAAAGUUGUUCAGCAUGGAUUUAUUGGAUGAAAGUGGCGAAAUCAGAUGCACGGCGUUUCGCGAUCAGUGUGAUAAGUUUUAUGAUAUGAUAGAGAUUGGAAAAGUUUACUUCAUCUCCCGCUGUAUUUUGAAACCAGCAAAUAAACAAUUCAAUAACUUGAAAAACGACUAUGAAAUGACGUUAGGCAAUGAUUCCGAAGUAAUAGUUUGUAAUGAAGAGAGUGAGGAAAUUCCGAGCUUGCAGUUCAACUUUGUGCCAAUCAGUACUGUUGAAACAACGCCAAAAGAUGAUCUGCUUGAUAUUUUGGGAAUCGUCAAGAGUUGCAGCGAUGUACAAAAUUUAGUUGCAAGAACUACUGGGCGAGAACUUAAAAAAAGAGAUAUUAAUAUUGUAGACGAAAACAAUGAUAUGAUAAGUCUGACUCUUUGGGGUCAGCAGGCAGUUGACUUUGAUGGAACCACAAAUCCUGUUAUAGCAGUCAAAGGAGCGAAAAUUGGUGAGUACCAAGGAGGUAAAAACUUAUCUUUAGUAGCUUCAUCCAUGCUGCAAGUCGAUCCAGACAUUCCUCAAGCUCAUAAAUUACGCGGAUGGUUUAAGACUGUUGGUUCCAACGCGGAAUCUAGGUCUUUAUCCAAGACAAACGUCUCGAGCGGUAUGAACGGCACAUGGGCAACAUUUAAAGAAGCCGCAGAAAAUAGAUUUGGUCAUCAAGACCAGCCAAGCUAUUUCAUUUGCAAGGCAACGGUCAAUCUAAUCAAAGCAGAAAAUGCACUGUACAAAUCUUGCCCAUCAGAAGGCUGUAAAAAAAAAGUUGUUGAUCAGAGCAAUGGAAUGUACAAGUGUGAGAAGUGUCAAAGGGAGUUUCCUAACUUUAUUUAUCGUUUAUUGGCCAGUGCUAAUUUGGUUGACUGGACAGCCAAUCAUUGGGUUACUGCAUUCAAUGAUGAUGCAGAAGUUUUAAUGAACGCUUCUGCUCAGGAGUUGGGAGAACUGAAAGAAAAAAAUGAUGAUACGUACAUGGAAAAAAUUGGAGCAGCUGCAUUUAAAUCGUACAUCUUCAAAUUGCGUAUGAAAAUGGAAAAUUACAAUGAUGAAAACAGACUAAAAGCGACAGUUGUUACUAUUCAGCCGAUAAAUUAUAAAACUUACACUGAACAUCUGCUAAAUAAUAUCAAAGAGUUAGCGGAUAUAAAAAAUUAAGUUUAUAAGCAUUUUAGUGUAAGUUAAUUUUUUAUGUACAAAUUAUGGUUAAAUACUUCAUUGAUAGUUUUUUUUACGUAUGAUUCAAUAAAAAAAUAAACAAUAAUUUUUGAUACAAUUAGUAACAAAAGCAAACUUUCACCAAAAAAGUAAAGUUCUGAUGUCAAAUGAGAGGGCCAUGAAGGUCUGACUUGCACGUGAAUUUUUUUACGAUGCAAUAAUAACGCGAACUCUUUCUUUUGCGUGUUAACAUUAUUGAAAAAAAUUAAUUUAACUACUUGAGAAGUGAAAACUAUAAAUCAACAAUGUGCCUCUUUAGAAUUGUUAUUAUUUACAGAUCUGUAUUACUGACAAUAAAUAAUUUACAUUAACAA